GACACGCACUGCAGCUACCCCAUGGGCUACAUGCGCCAGGCCGUGUACGCCUGCAUGACGUGCACGCCCGAGGCGCUGCAGAAGCCCGAGGCGCGCGCGGGCGUGUGCUUGGCCUGCACGUACAACUGCCACCAGGACCACGAGCUCGUGGAGCUCUACACCAAGCGCGCGUUCCGCUGCGACUGCGGCAACGACAAGUUCCCCAAGAGUAACCCGUGCAAACUCGAGACGGACAAGGCCAAGACGAACCCGCGCAACACGUACUCGCAAAACUAUGGUGGACUGUACUGCAACUGCCACCGGCCGUACCCGGACCCGGAGCGGACGACGGAGGAGGUCAUGGUCCAGUGUGUCAUCUGUGAGGACUGGCUGCACGAGGAGCACAUUUCCAACGACGAGUCGCCUGCAGAUGAAGACGCGGAUGCAGAUGCUGCCACGGACAGUGGCAACACGGUGUCUCCUGAGAGCUUCGACGAGCUCAUCUGCCUCGAGUGCAUGAAGAAGCACCCGUUCCUCUUGGCCUACACGAAGACAGACGAGUGUGUACUCAAGGCGAAGCAGAAGCAGCUAGAAGCGGAAGGAUCGACGACUCUGCGGCCGACCUUUUGGUCGAGUGAGUGGCGCGGUGAGCUGUGCCAGUGCUCGUCGUGUGUUGCUCUGUUUGAAAAGCACGGCAUCGCGGCCCUCCUGGACCCUGAAGACUCGCUGCAUGUGUACGAAGCUACCGCGAGGGAGAAGAAGACGGCGUCGGACGAGGAGAUCGCUCAACGCGCCUUCGCCAACAAGCUGACGCACGAGCAGCAAGUUGAAGUUGCCAUGGGCUACAGCCUCAUGAAGAACAACCUCCAGCAAUACCUCGCAGGCUUCGCGGCUAGCGGCAAGACGGUGAAAGCAGAGGACAUCAAGAGCUUCUUCGAGGGGAUGAACCAGGCCAAGCGCCAGAAAACAGAGUAAAAGUGGCGGCUGAUAGCCGCAAGACAGCGCAGUGAGAGGCAGAUAAAGGCUCGUGUUGCUGUCGCUUGUGAUUCAUAAUAACGACUACUUCGAAGUGCCAGUAC